CUGACUCUCCUGCUAAUGUUAACCCCUCCACCCACUUCUAUGAGAACGACGGCCAUGUUUAUUCUCCUUUAAGCUCUUUUCAUUUCCUUCCUGGAUCUCCAUGGAGCAGCCGGACUCUAGCAUCCUGUACAUCAGCAGUAAAGUGCAGCUACACGGUGUGUUGUGGAAAAGAUCCUCCGGAAGACAAUCAGCUAAAUGGGCUCGAAGAUUCUUCGUUAUCAAAGACAGCUUCCUGCUCUACUAUGCUGAGAACGAAAAAAGAAACUUCGAAGCUAACAGAUACUUCAACAUUCAUCCAAAGGGAGUUAUCCCUCUAGGAGGAUGUGUGGUCGAGCCAAAGGAGGAACAAGGCAUGCCUUAUGCCAUAGUUAUAAACCAUGAGGAAUUUAAUGGAGACAUAACGUUAGCAGCAGAGUCCGAGUCCGAGCAGAGCCAGUGGCUGGAUAUGUUAGAGGAGUCCGGAAAAGUCACAUGGAAAAAUGCCCAGCUAGGCGAGGCUAUGAUUGAGAGUCUGGAGGCUCAGGGACUGCAGCUGGCCAAAGAGAAACAGGAGUACCUGGAUAAACUCAUGGAGGAGACUGAGGAACUGAGCUUACAGAGAGAACAGAAGGCGGAGCUAGAACGGUUGAAUCAGGUGCUGGAGGAAGAGAAGCAGAGGUUUGAGGAAGUUCUUACGGAGCUAAGAGCCGAGCAAGAGCAGAUCAAGAGGGAUUUGGAUGGAACAGCUCGGUCAAUGAAAGGAGUUGAGUCUGAGAAAGAAGAGCUGAACAGACUGACCACUAGACUACAGAAAUCUCUUGAGGAGCUGUCUAAGGAGAAGCAGCGUACUCUGGAUAUGCUCAGAAAGAAAGAGAUGGACAGGAUUGGCUCUAAGGACCAGGCUUCUGCUCCCGAACCUAAAUGCCCCAAACCACAGGAGCAGCUACAGGGCAACCUGAGAAACAUCGAGGAGCACAUGAUGUGUCUUCUCUGUGAAAAGAAACAGGCAGAAGAGAGGCUGAGAGAGAAUGAGCAGAAAGCUUAUGUACUGCAGGAGGAGAGAGAGUUUUACUCAGCUCAGGCUCAAACGCUUCAGCAGUCCCUCAGUCAGCUAGCAGCUGAUAAACAGCAGGCUGAAGCUGAACUGAAGGCUGAGAUGGAGUCAAGGGCAGAGAUAGAACGCAGGCUGAAGAUGGCAGAGGAGGCCCUGAAGAGCCUGGAACAGGGUUUGAACUGUUUGGAACGCAGCCGCGAGAGAGACGAGAGGAUGAUGGGAGAUGUCGGCCACCUCCGCAAGUUCUUUGAGGAGUGUAUCUCUGCUGCAGAGAUUGAAGCUAAGCUACCAGCCAUCAUGAAGAACUCUGUGUACCUACAUAAAGCUGCCGCUCGCCGAAUUAAAAGCUGUCGCAUCCAGAGACAAGCUUCCAGGCAACACUGGCGGAAACACUCGCUGUCAUUUGCUGGUUCACAUGGUGAGACAUCCAGCAUGGAGGACCUGAAAGAGACCACUCGACGUCUGACUUCAGACAGCUGCUUUCGACAGCCCAGCAAAGCCAUCAGCAGACAGAGCACAGUGCAGUCUGAGGACUGAGAUCAGUGUGACGGCAACCCGUUUCGAUCAGCGAUCAGUGAGGAAAGAUUUGCACAUGUUUUUGUAACUCGAAUGUUAAGUUAGAGAGGUUAGUGUUACAAGAGCACAAGGAUUAGUGAUUCGAUUCAGUUCAACUGUAUUUGCGUAGCGCUUUUAACAAUGCACAUUGUCACAAAGCAGCUUUACAGAAAUGUCUAUAUUUUAUAUUUAUUACUAAUGAACUAACCAGAGGCGACGGCAGCAAGGAAAAACUCCCUGAGAUAUUAUGUUAUAUGAUAUUAUGGAUCGUUGUUGGAUAUUUUCGUUCUUUGUAUGAAAAUCUCUUGCACUAACAGAUUCCGAGUGAGAGUCGAUCCACACCCUGGAAAAUGAAACGUCUUUAUAGGACCUCUUUCUCUGCCGUUUUAAGUUAUUACUCAUUAUAUACUGUACAUUAUACUGGACAGAGUUUCAUCGGUUUGAUCACAAAUUUAUAUUCCCCAGUUGCGUCUUCAGGAGGUGUUCAUAUUUAUUUAUUUUAGUCCACGUACUUGAUUAUGUGUCUGUCUUAAGCAUUUCAAACACAACCUCAGAUACAUUGUAGAAAUUCAUUCAUAUUAUUUAGGACAUUAAUACUGAAAUAUUCGUUUAUCACUUGCUUAAAGGACACUGUACUAUACUUUUAAAUAGAAUGAUAUACUGUAUUUUUACAGGACUACAUAUUAAUAACAGUAUAUUACUGUAAAAAAAACUGUCAUUGCCAAGUAUACAUUACAUAAAUAACUUGUAAAACUUGUAAAAAAAUAUUUUAAAAAAGUAAUACAAAUAAAUAAUGACAUGAAUCUCAUAGUACAUGUGUGUACAGGUUCUAACAUAUAUAUUAAUGUUUACUGAAAACUUAUAGUAACUUGCUAAAAUAAAUGCAUUUUAAAGGGUGAGGUAAAUAAGAUACCUUUACACAAUAGGAACAAUAACACGAUCAGUGGGCAUGUGUCCAUUUACUUAUUUUAUUUCUAUUAAUUAAUUAAUUAAUUGAUUGAUUGAUUGAUUGAUUAAUCUGUUUGUUUAUUUAUUUAUUUUUGGAAAAUAUAGAAUUAAAUAUAAUUGAAGAAAUGGAAAAUAAACACAAGAAAAAUGAUGAAUGAACAGUGAUAAAAAAAUGUAUCUCUUACUGGGAUGAAUAAAGUAUCUAUGAAUCUCUAGACAGACAGACAGAAGACAAGUGACGGACAGAGACAAACGAUGGUUAGAUUGUAUCUAUCUAUCUCGAGACAGACAGACAAAACAAGCAAAUAUAUAAACAUGAUAGAUAGAUAGAUAGAUAGAUAGAUAGAUAGAUAGAUAGAUAGAUAGAUAGAUAGAUAGAUAGAUAGAAAGAUGGAUGGACGCACAGACGGAGAGAGACAGACAAUGGAUAGAUUGUAUCUAUCUCUAGACAGACAA